GAUUUUGAAUCAUAAGCAUGGAAUUGUUGUUUGCACAUGAGUAUCAGCAAGCAUUAAGAAGAGAGAGGGUGUUCAGGGAUCAACUAGAUUUGUUGCAUGUUUGUGAUCAGGAACUCAUUAGCAAAUACAGGUUUCCACGUCAUGAAAUUAUUAAUAUUAUUCAUGAAUUAGAGCCACUGCUGCAGAGACAAACAUUGAGAUCCCAUGCUAUAACGGUCUGCACACAAAUAAUGGCUACCCUUCGCUUUCUGGCAAGUGGAUCUUUUCAAAAUGUUGUUGGUGACAUCAGUGGACUAUCUCAACCAAGUGUUAGCAACAUAAUCACGUCUGUGACAAAUGCUCUGGCAGAAAAAUCUUUAAAUGAAGUCAAGAUGCCUGCAGGUGUGAUUGAACGGCAGCAAACCAUGAGGGAUUUCCAUGCCUUAGGUGGUUUUCCAAGAGUCAUCGGAGCCAUUGAUGGUUCCCGUAUACCAAUCAAAGCACCUGUGGACGAUGAAGCCAUAUUUGUCAACAGAAAGAAAUUUCAUUCAAUGAACAUACAAGUUGUUUGCGAUGCUAAUAAGAGAAUUAUCAACUUUAAUGUCAGCAACCCUGGCAGCACUCACGAUUCGUACAUCUGGAGCAACUGUGAGCUACGUGCCAGAUUUCAACGUGGAGAAUUUGGCGAUGGCCUGCUUUUGGGAGAUAGUGGUUAUCCCCUUGAGCCAUUCCUAAUGACACCAUUUGCCAACCCUGCAUUGCCAGCUGAGCAAGAGUACAACAGACGCCACACAAGAACUAGAGUAAUAAUCGAACAAGUUUUUGGAGUCCUGAAGUCGAGGUUCCGAUGCCUACAUAAAUCAGGUGGAAACCUCCAAUACAAGCCUUCCAAAUGUGCCAAGAUUAUUGCAGCCUGCUUGUUGCUUCACAACCGCUGCAUUCUUAUGAACAUACCAAAUCCUGAUGAUUAUGAAGAGGACGAAGUCUACAUGGAGCCUGAAGAACGAGGUCAUGAUGGGGCACAAAGAGUUCUUGGCAGACAAGUUCGCGACUUGCUUGUUCAUAAUUUCUUUUGAAGCAUGCAUCCACAGUUCAUGAUGUGCAAACUACUAGAAUUAACCUUUUUCAUUUGAAUGAGUCUAAUAAUUGCAUUUGAUAAUAAUCUAUACAAUGAAGCUCAUUUGUUCUCCUGUCACUAAUGCAGGUAUAAAAAUUCUGUUUAUAUUAAGAUUUUGGCACUUGAGGCAUAUAAUUUGUAAUUAAGAUUGGAAAAUGUUUAUAGCAUGAAGUUAUUACAAAUAUUAUAGAGAAAACUUAUUUCUGCUGCAUACAUUCCAAUAGGUUAUUACAACAAUCAUAUCACUUGUCUGGUAAGGUAAUUUGCAAAGAAAAUUGUGUCAAUAUUUUAUUAAAAUCCUUUAUCAGCACAUUUGCAGGACGAAUCAGCUGCUGUACUGCUGAUGAACCGUUUGUAUCUGAAUUUUUCAAAAUCAUUGAAUCGUAUGUAAUGCUUUCUAGAAAAUAAAGAAAAUGUUUUGCAUAUCAAUUGCAGUUGCUCCUUUUACAUGUAGAAAAAAAGGCAUUAAAUAAUUCGCAAAUAUGGUGUAAACAUUGGAAAGAUAUAGUAAUACGCGGUAAUAUUAAUGUUCAAUAGUUUUUAUAAUUAAA